UCAUUCCAACAUUUCCACACACAACCAAUAAACCAUACUACAUUCUUAUAACCAUAUAACCACGCACAAUGAGUCCCCUAUCUGCUCCGAUUCUUGCAGUUUUCCUAUCAUUAAUCACACUCACCCAUGCAACCACCUUCACCGUAGUUAACAACUGCCCAUUCACUGUAUGGGCCGCCGCGGAUCCAGGAAGCGGUCAGAAGCUCGACCAAGGACAAACUUGGUCAGUGAACCCCGCACCUGGCACCAGUAUGGCUCGCAUUUGGCCCCGAACCGGGUGCAACUUUGAUGGCAGUGGCAAUGGCCCUUGUGAAACCGGAGGGUGUGGGAAACUCGAUUGCGAUGAUGGUCAUUGGGGUGAUAAUCCAAAGACCUUAUUCGAAUACACUCUCGCCAACCCAUCAGACACCCUCGACAUAUCUCUUAUCGAAGGGUUCAAUGUCCCCCUAUCCUUUAGCCCCAACAGUAAUGCGGGUGCGCUUGAUGGGAAGUGUCGUGCUGUUAGCUGCGGGGUUGACAUAAACGCGCAAUGCCCGCAACAAUGGAAGACCACUGGUGGGUGCACGAAUCCUUGCACCACACCUGGUACUGGAACUUGUGCUGAUGAUGGUGACUCUAAGUUUUUCAAGAAUCUCUGCCCUGAUGCUUACAGCUUCCCAAAAGCUGAUCAAACUAGCACUUUUUCUUGCCCUUCUGGAACUGAUUACACUGUCACUUUCUGCCCAUGAAUAUGAUCACUGUGUGUCUGUGUUAUAAACAUCUAGAAUUAUAUACAUGAUUUAUGAAUUAUGAUAUGUAGUAGUCAAUAAAACAGGUUCAUGAGAUUAAUCAGAGCAUAUUGUAUUUUCAGCUUACAAUAAUAAUAACGAUACUGGUUUCUAUAUCUUGAGUUCACUCCUGGUACACCCGGGUGUACCAUGAGCAUGGUACACAUGGUACACCCAGGGGUAUUUUUGUAAUAAAUUAGAACGUCAGGUGCUCAUUUGACACCAAAUUUUUUCAUAUGGGCAAUUUGCUCAUUUUGCUCAUUUUGUAAUAAAAGUGAUUGUUCAUUUUCUUAAA